AUGGAGCGCGACAAGAAGGACAAGUACCAUCCCACAAAGGCACCCCCAAAGAACCAGCGCCUCGGCCUGCGCGCCCGCCUCGAGCACUUCACCUGGGCCAACUUCACCUGCACCCAGUCCACCGGCGCCAUCGCCAUCCUUCUCUCCGAGACACCUCAUCAGUUCCCUGGCCUACGCACCGCCGGCCUCGUCAUCUUCCUCCUCAAUCUCGUCCUGCUCACCCUCUUCUCCCUCGCCAUGCUCCGCCUCCACCCGCAGACGGCCCGGGCCUCCUUCACCCACCUCCCCGAGCUCUUCUUUGUCGGGUCCUUCUGGCUGUCCAUUGCCACCGUCAUCAUGUGUAUCCAGAAGUACGGCGUGCCGCACGCGGGGCCCUGGCUCGUCGUCGUCGUCCGUGUGCUCUUUUGGAUGUACGCGGCUGUCAGCCUCCUCUUUUCGAGCGCCCUCUUUGUCGUCGUCUUCCUCAAGGUCGCCGUCGAGCCGCAGAAGAUCAGCCCCGCGGCGUUUCUCAUGAUCUACUGCACCAUGCUGACGGGCACCAUUGCCGCGACUAUUGUCGAGACCCAGCCGCCCGCCCAGCGGCUGCUUGUUAUUGUCGCAGGCAUCAGCUACCAGGGCCUGGGCUGGACGGUGAGCCUCGUGCUGAUGCCGCAUGUUCUGGGUAGUCUCCUGCGCAAUGGCGUCGGUCGUGUGAACCAAAGACCGGGGCUCUUCAUCCCCGUGGGUUCCGCCGCCUUCACCAUGGUCUCAGUUGUCGGGUGCGCCAACUACAUACCGGUCGAGUACGGCUACUUUGCCGCGCACCCAGAGGCGGCUGAGGUUCUGAGGGUGGUGGCGCUGUGGAUGGCCAUCUUCCUGUGGGUGUUCACCCUUUGGCUGUUCCUCCUGGCGCUCCUCGUCAACCUCCCGACCAUGUUCCCCCGGAUCCAGGGUCGACGGCGACUGCAGGCUCGCAUGGGCUUCUCGCUGUCCUGGUGGGGCAUCAUCUUUCCCAACGUCGGCUUCACGAUCGCGACAACGUACAUUGGGCAGAGUCUCGAGUCGGAGGCCAUCCUGUGGGUGGCCACGGCCAUGACGGUUCUACUCUUUGCCGUCUGGCUGCUCAAUGUGUGUCUCCACGUCAAGGCCAUCGUGACGGGGCAAAUUAUGUGGCCGGGAAAGGACGAGGAUGCCUAG